CUCAGCCAUUUCCGGCAGAGUCCGGAAGUCGGAGCUUUUCCCUUCCUUGCCGGGUAGUUUGCUAGUUUUCUGUGUGAGUCUCCUUGUUUUAGUUCGGGAGGCGCCUGUGGGCUGACCUGCUCCAGCCAUGGCGGGGGCCGCCCCGGCCACGGCCUUCGGGCAGGCGGUGAUCGGGCCCCCGGGCUCGGGGAAGACCACGUACUGCCUGGGCAUGAGUGAGUUCCUGCGCGCGCUCGGCCGGCGCGUGGCCGUGGUGAACCUGGACCCAGCCAACGAAGGGCUGCCCUAUGAGUGUGCCGUGGACGUGGGCGAGCUGGUGGGGCUGGGCGACGUGAUGGACGCGCUGCGCCUGGGCCCCAACGGUGGUCUGCUCUACUGCAUGGAGUACCUGGAAGCCAACCUGGACUGGCUGCGCGCCAAGCUCGAGCCCCUCCGAGGCCACUACUUUCUCUUCGACUGUCCCGGCCAGGUGGAGCUCUGCACGCACCAUGCUGCCCUGCGCAAUAUCUUCUCCCAGAUGGCACAGUGGGACCUCAGGCUGACGGCUGUCCAUCUUGUGGAUUCUCACUACUGCACAGACCCAGGCAAGUUCAUCUCAGUGCUGUGCACCUCCCUGGCCACCAUGCUGCAUGUGGAGCUGCCCCAUGUCAACCUCCUCUCCAAGAUGGACCUUAUCGAACACUAUGGGAAGCUGGCCUUCAACCUGGACUACUACACGGAAGUCCUGGACCUCUCCUACCUGCUUGAGCACCUGGCAUCUGACCCGUUCUUCAGUCACUACCGUCAGCUCAAUGAGAAGCUGGUCCAGCUCGUCGAAGACUACAGCCUGGUCUCCUUUAUCCCUCUGAACAUCCAGGACAAGGACAGCAUCCAGCGAGUCCUACAGGCUGUGGAUAAAGCCAAUGGCUAUUGUUUUGGGGUUCAAGAGCAGCGAAGCCUGGAGGCCAUGAUGUCCGCUGCCAUGGGAGCCGACUUUCAUUUCUCCUCCACUCUGGGCAUCCAGGAGAAGUACUUAGCAUCCUCGGACCAGACGGCAGAGCAGGAAACCAUGCAGCUCUAGCAGCUGGGCCUGGAUGACCGCCCGGUCGCCACCCAAAGCCGUGUCCAGCCUGGUGGAGGAAGAUCCAUCCUGCAAAGGACUUCUGGAUAAAAAGCCAGACAUCACACCCUCAGUGGUGCCCCAAGCUUGGAGACUUACCCCCACGAAAUGCUGCCUGAAAGUUGGGAACUGUCUCUGUUGGGGCUGCAGUGGGGUGUGUUGAGAUGUGAGAUUAUUUCUUACUUUUUGUGGUCUUCAAACUUUUUUUCAAGACUCAGGAACCAGGGGUUUGGAGCAAAACAAAGUAUUGUCUCUGUCCCUGCAAAUAACCCUGCAUCUUUCUUUGUUUUGUUUUCAUUGCAUUUAUUUUGUGUUUGUGCACAUGUCUGUGUGACAGGCAGGCACACCUGUGGAGGUCAGGGGAUAGAUAGGUCGUGUGAGCUGCUUCUCUCCUGAAUUCUGGGAGCUGACCUCAGGUUAUUGAACUUGGUGACAGGUUCCUUUACCUUCUGAGCCAUCGUGGCGGCCCCACUUGUUUCUGCCUCCAGGUCAUGGUUUCACACAGCUCAGCUCCGGCGUGAUUUGGCCGUUCUCCAGGGUUAACUGAGCCUUAAGGUUAGGCAUGCGCAGGUGACUGUUCCUAGCCAGACUUGCUUUAUUUUCCUACAAAUUAUGUAGUUUUGUUCUGUUUGGGGCUAAUAUUUGAAAGAUUAGACGGGUGAUAGAGGUGUUGGGUGUUCAAUCCCAACACUCUGGAGGCAUAGGCAGGUGAAACUCUUGAGUUGGAGGCCAGUCUGCUGUACAAAGCGAGCUCCAGAGGACCAGGGUUCAGUUCCCAGCACCCACAUGGCAGCUCACAACUGUUUGUAACUCCAGUUCCAGAAGAUCCGACCCUCACACAGACACACAUCCAGGCAAAACAGCAAUGUAAAUAAAGUAAAGAUAAAAAAGCCG